GUUCCGGGGAGGGGAGGGAGGCACACCCUGACCAAAAGGUACUUCACCCGGCGUGUCUGUAGCCAAGUGCGCAGCCGUGGAUCACAUUCAACACACAUCGCAUCCUCUCCUCUCCUCUCCAAGUGCCUUUCUUCAUCCGGCCGCCGACAUGCCCAAAGGGUUCCUGGUGAAAAGAAACAAGAAAGCGGCACACGUCUCUUACCGGAUACGUUGCGAUGAUGAUGACGGACAGGAAGCGACUCUGGAAUGUCAGAUCCAACGCGACGCGUCCCCUCCUCUGUCCCGGACCUGCAGCCCGGAGAUCGCAGCAUCAUCACCAUCCGAUGCAGCAGACACGCCGGUUCACGGUCACGGAGCCAAACCGGUGCAGUUUGGUAAUCCUGAGGCGGUGUAUCAAGCCCUCUACAGCCCCACCCGCCCCAUCAGCAAGGACCACGAGAGGAAAUAUUUCGAGAGAAGUUUCAACCUGGGCUCGCCCAUCUCCGCCGAAUCAUUUCCGACUCCUACCUCUAUCACCAGCCUGGACCACCUCCUUUUUGCUCCAGUAGACUUGAAAAUCGGCUCCAGCAACAGCAGCGCGCUGACAUCGGCUGUGCGGAGCGCCGGGAAAAGGCCCUCCACCGACAAAAGUAAAAGCGGAGCCAAGAAACCCAAAGCCAUACGGAAGCUGACCUUCGAGGACGAGGUGACCACUUCACCAGUACUCGGCCUUAAAAUUAAAGAGGGCCCUGUCGACCUGAAACCGCGAGCCUUAUCGGCCGGGGGCAACAAACCCCUUGGAGAGUUCAUCUGCCAGCUGUGCAAGGAAGAAUACGCGGACCCGUUCUCUUUAGCGCAGCACAAGUGCUCGAGGAUCGUGAGGGUCGAGUACAGGUGUCCUGAAUGCGACAAAGUGUUCAGCUGUCCUGCUAACUUGGCCUCGCACCGACGUUGGCACAAACCGCGCGCUCAGACUGCGCCAGCUUCACAAGCCACCAAGAACGACCCGUCCAAAAUAGCCGCCGUCUCCAGAGAGGAAAUCAAAGACGCAAGAGAGUAUUCGAGUGAGAGGGACUCUCCGAGCCCGGUUUUGUCCGAGUCCGGAUCAGAGGACGGUCUGUACGACUGCCAGCGCUGCGGGAAAAGGUUUAAGCGCCAAGCGUACCUCAGAAAGCACGUGCUGGCGCACCACGCACUGCACGGCCAGGUGAUGGGCGACACCUUUCACAGCGCAGAGGCAGAACAGAGCCCGGAGACGGCGCAGCACUCCCGAGAACGCAGCUCGAGUCCCGCUCUGACCCCGCUGAAUUUAAGCCCCGCUGAGUGCCUGCCGUGUCCGGUCUGCGGUGAGAUCGUGGCUGACCGGCCGAGCCUGGAGCGGCACGUGCGCCUCCUGCACGCUUCCCAGGUGUUUCCGUGCAAGCACUGCCCCGCCACUUUCUACAGCUCCCCGGGUCUGACCAGGCACGUCAACAAGUGCCACCCUACAGAAAAGCGGCAGGUGAUCCUGCUUCAGAUGCCCGUCAGGCCUGCGUGCUGAAGAAACGCAAGUCAGGAAGCAAGCGCGCACUCCACUCCGCGCAAAACUGCACACCUUUCCUCCAGCGCGCCAGAACACACAGGCGUGUUCUUUUACCCCGAAUCACCCUUUCCUGCAGUUUUAGACGUCUUAAAGAUGAGGAAACUCUCUCCUAAAUCACAAAAAGCUAACAAAAUUGGCAUCGAUCUAAAGUUAAAAUGAGUAUAUUUUGAGAUUUCUCACGCCAAGUAGCCUAAAGAAGAAGAGUAUUAGUUUGGUUGUGAAAUGGUAUUUUUCUAGAGCCGAUGCACACGUGGUAAUGUAAUAGCUUCUAGACCUAAGAUCACGUUCAAACGUUGGUGUACCUCUGUGAAAGCCUUGAGUUCACAUGCUGUACAUUUCUCUCGUCUGUAGCUUUAAUCUAGUAUGUGAAUUGCAGGAUGUGGGAAUCUCUCCAUCUCUCUCUCUCUCCCUUUAGAAUAGCCAGAAAUGCCUUUAGAGAAACACAUCACACACUUGCUUAAAGCCUUAAAGACUCGGUGUAAUGAUUGUUCUGAUUUUUGAAUGUCGGCACAUAUUUACAAUUUACUGUCAUUCUGUAAGAUGAUUGUAAAAUGUUUAAUCGUUAAUAUUUAUUUA